AGUAGGAAACGGGUUCCGUGCGGAAUCUCGUAUAAAACUGAACGGGAAUCAAAGUGUUUUUUUUCUUUAAUUUCUUUUCUUAGUAAACUUCUUCGCAUGUGCCGUUAGUGCACAAUCGCAUUUAAUCGCUUGCAAUAUUCGCGAAGCUUGCAUACACCUCUAUACCUCCUCGAAGACAUGACCAUCAGACUAUCCAAUCUCGUAUUCGUACUCUUCCUCUUCGGAAGUUGUCUCUCUUCUCCAUCACAUUCUCAUUCGAACGGGACGGAUUUCGACGAAUACGAUGGUUUCUACGAAGACGAUAAAUUGAAGCCCAAAAAUGAGACGGAGGAAGAGGCUGUAGAUGUGUACGAUCAGAGCCAGAAGGGCGGUACGAAUGUUCGUGUGCAUAUGAAUAAAGUAAUGUUCAUUCAUACACCGUCAGCGCUUUUGGCUGCGAUUUUGGCUUCUACAAUCAAAGACGAUGGUUUUCUUCUUCAGAAACCGGGAGACUUCGAUGAGGAUUUCAACUUCAAUUUAACACAAUUAUCGAACUCUCAACCACCAAAACCGGAGGCACAAAUCUUUGUAUCAACGAUUCUCAACUCGACAUCAACGAACGCAACAAAUCCGAACUAAAAACAAAGC